AUCUUACACCGGGAGACAAAGAACGGUCAAUAACAUUGACAGGUUUUUAAGAUGUAGGAGACAUUUGUUUAAUUCGAAUUACAUAUUUAGUGGCCAAUGAAAAGUAGUUUUAGAUUGUUUGAUAUACUAGGGAGUGCUCAUGGCAAAAGUAAUAAGACGUUGUUCACCAUUUUCUGAAGAAGAAAGUUCUAUUUUGUUUGAUAUUCUAAGAAAACAUCUUAACCUGGUUGAACCAGAGAAUUUCGAUAUUUUGUCAAUUGCAAUACGAUCCAACACAUGGCAGUCGGUGUGUGAGGAAUUUAACUCCCAUAGCGCUGUCAAACAACGAAGCCAAAUACAGUUGAAACGAUUUUGGGAAAAUCGUAAAGCUAAGAUAAAGAGAAGUCUGCAGAAGCUUCUAACUGCCAACAAUGAACUUGGAAAAUCCGAAUCACCACAUAUAGAUAACCAAUUGUUUGAGUACUCUACAUCCUCACUGAGAUCAACAGCAACACCUGUUGGUGCAUCAUUAUUUAGUUAUCCUGCCAUAAAGAGCAAUCUUACUUUUCCAAAUCCUGAAGUUACUCCACACUUCAUAGAAUCUGCCUCCUACACAGUGUAUCAGGGCGAAGGGAGGAGCAUCACUGACUCUCCAGGCACCGGCGAUCCUUAUAAGAACUCUGUGGUGCAUCCUUCGGAGGAUUUAAGUGGGUCUCAUCUGCUGAAAUUUGAACGCCCACCCACUUACGCCGAAGUCAACGACAGAGGAGGAAGGAAUAGUAUGCUGGAGCCUGAAAGUGCAGAUUCUGAUGGAGACAUGGAUAACGGUGACACAGAAGGUGCCAGAAGUAAAGCAGAGACUGCAGCACGACUAGCUCGUCUCCGUCGUCGAGAAAGGCAAGAAGAGGAGCUGCAUGCUUACCGUCUGCGUGAAGCAGCAGCACGUGCAGCUGCAGCAGAGGCAGAGAGACGUGCUGCUGAGGAUGCUGAAACAUGGGCUGCAGAAGAGCGAGCACGAGCUGCGCAGAGAGAUGCUGAACUACACCGACUCAAUGUGGAACGCUUGCAACUGGAGCUGGAUCUACUGCGUGCAGAGCAUCGGGCUCGACACUAGCUCUGAACAAACGAACGUAAAAGGAUGAUAUGAAAUUCAUAUCAUCUACCAUGUGUUAGUGUUUUUGGGCACAUACACAGUAUUGAUUUUGAAAAUAAUGUCUAUCUUAAUGUGCUGAAAAAGUUUGUCAUGAGGAAAUCAUCAGUUUAAUAUUACCAAGGAGUAUAAAUGCUUGCCUUUUAGGCAGGCAUGUAAGACUCCCUCAGGUGCAGUUGUCAGUAUGUGUGAUGUGAGUACAAACUGAAAGGCAAUCCACUGAAAAUACAGUCACUGGCAGUGUUGAGUUUACAGGUUUAUAGUGAUGUGUGGGUUACAGUGAAAAGCAAUUCAUUUUGUAGGUAUUUCAAAGUAAUAAUUUGAAUGAGUAGUAGACUGUUGCCGUGAUGAUGAGAAAUUGUGAUGCAAUAAAAUGACACUGUACUAGUGUCAUUUGUGUGAAGCAUUUCCUGUUUUUGUGAAGAAGUCUCAGUUUAUGCAGUAUUAUAUACAGAAAAAAAAGUUUCAUAAAUUAUGUGUGAGAAGGCAAGCAGUAAUCAGAAGAAAGCUUCUUUUCCAACCAACACAAUUGAGUCCUGUGGGUUGCAAUUAAGCCUCUGUGAAAGUUGAUCUGUUGAUGUACCUAUGAAGCAAGUAGGAAGAGAAGUUGAAGUAACUACAGAAUAACAAAUAACCAUCAUGGAAAUACCAAUUUCUUUGUUGAGUGAGUGAUGAAGUAAAUCAUGAUUUAAUUAAUUAGAUUAUUGGCUAUAAGGUGAUAAGAUUAUUGACACUUUGUUCUUUUGUCUGAUUCAUCUAAUGUUGUACAGAAUUAUCAGAUGUUGCUAAAUUUUUUCAUGAAAUAGGGAAGCUGAGAAAGUUUUUGUUCUGUAUGACUCUGGAUAAACAUCUAAAUGUGAAGAACUAAUUUUUGUGGAACUGCAGUGUCCUCUUGUAUGUUUUAUUUAUGUGGUCAACAGGUUUAAAUUAGUUAACAGAUGUAGGAAAAUUCUUGACUGUUUUCCGCAGUGUCACCAGAGUAAUGCAUAUCUUUACACACAUUUGCACAACUUUUAUGAGAUGAGAUGAAAUGAAGAUGGUUUGAGUGUGCUACAGUGUGACGUUGUUCAGGAUAUGUAAUGAGUUAAACAUGAAAACUGGGUUAGAUUGUUCUUUGUCACGGAAAGUUAAGUUUGUAAGAACCUGUGAAUCCAUUGUGUGUGCAGCUGCAAAUGUGAAUUAGAGUAAGGUUGAGUUGAGGUAGCAUGCCUUUUCCUAUACUUUUUUUGUGUAGUAGUCUGAUUUUCUUUACUUCAGUUCAGCUGUAGUGGUAAUUAACUUCUGUAUAUUAAACAUAGAACUGAAGAUGUGUGAAACUUGAAAAAACUCUUUCUCCAUCAUCUGAAUGAGGCAAAUAGUUCGUGCUCAGUACAGUUAGCACCUCAACAAAAUAAUGAAGUCAUAUGUUGCUUCAUUUACAGUGUAGAAAUUGUAAAGAUACUGAAUAUUUUCUGAAUAAUUAGUGUAAGAUAAUUGUGUUAUAUGAAGCAGUGUUAUAAAGUAUAAACACAUACUAUAUCAUCAUAUUACUGCUAAUGAUUUUUUUCCCAGUUGUAUGCAUAUGCAAAAGAGAAAAAUUACUUUGCGAUUGUGUUUUUCAUAUUAGUGUUUCAUAGUCAUUGUGGUAAUUUAUAUCCUUUAUCAUUUUAAAUUUAUUUAUAUCACCAUCAUUGCUAAAUGUGUAAUCUCCACAUAAUAAUAUUAAAAGAAGUAGCCCUUUAUGAUGUAGUUAAGAAAGAAAAGUAUGUUUAAACAUUGGUAGGACAGAAUACUUGUAGUGCUCAUAGGCAGGAAUUAUGUGUGUUACUUGUACUCUUAUGGUCAUUAUAUUACAUGAUCAGAAUUGAUAGACUGUGCUGUAAUAUUUGAUUAGCCCAGGAAAUAUGAUCCCAGUAGAUUCAGUGAUGGUUUUGGAAAUAUGUACCAAAUGUUAAACUUUCAGGAAUUGAAACACUUUCAAGAACUGUAGACAGCUAUGUGGAAAUAAAAAUAGCCUUAAGACUAGAAAGUAAGUGCCUAGCUCCUGGAAACAUGGUUCAAAAGAGGCAUACUAUGUACAACAAGAGACUGCAAUGAAAACCAUGACAAAUCUUACUUUAUUUUGUAUAGACCAGUUUCCUUAUUUGUCAUUCAAGCAUGACAGGUACACUGCAUGUAAGGAAACAUAUAGCUAAUAAAUACACAGACUGCCAGGCAGGAUAUUUGUAUUUAUGUUAAAAAGUAUGUGUGAUUAGCAUAGACAAACUGUACCUUUGUUUCUAUUUGUAGAUGAACUAUGUAUGUUUGUGUAGCGUGCACCCAUCUCCCUGUCAGAAGAGCGUGUGUUUGUUGUUAGUGGCUCCUUUAGGUUGCCAUCAAUAUAUAGCUGCUGCUAGAUAAUAUAAUGGAUAAAAUCCUUAACUAUGUGAAUACAGUGACACUAGAAACAAAAAUUGAAUUUUUUUGCAAGUUUGAAUGCUGGCGUAUUUGUUUUCUGUCUGUCUCUCUACUUUUCUGGAAACAUUAGACCAACAAAGUGCCUUCCAUAGUUACUCUGUUUCUGAUGGGUGUAGAAGAGCAUUUGAGUGGACUUAAUAUUGUUCUCAUUAAAGUUAGGGUAAGAUGUGAAAGGGUAAUUCAGCAGUUUGUUCAAAUAUCUCUUUGUUUUGUUGUAUCUCUUGGCUUUCUUUUCCACUUACUUGUUCGUGGUUCCUAUAUUUUAUUGUUCUUGCCAGCAAAAAAUCUACAUGUACAUAUCAUUUGUAUCUAGUGAAAAUCUUGCCAGUCACUUACAGUAGAUAUUUCAAAGUGAAAAGAAUGCCCACAUUUUUAAAAUCUUUACUAUUAUUUUGUUUUGAAUACCCAUGCAUUUAAUACAAGAAUUAAAUGGUUUUCUGAAGAACUUGUUAUUCAUAAAAUUUUAAAAUAGUUUAAACAAAAGUAAUGGAAAACAGUAUAAUUUUAACAGCCUUUUUUAUUAACUGAAAUAAUUCAAGGAAUGAGGAAAAAUUUGUACUGUGUUCAAAAUGAAGUGUUCUUACAUAAGGAAGAAACAAGUGAAGAGAGACAGAACACUGCACAAUUGUGAUAAAAAGUUCUAAAUUUUAAAAUGAACUGAGUCGACAAAAUAUUACUGCAAUGCUGCUCAUGCAGUGAGGCUUUUGGGCAUUGAGUGUAAAGUGCAAGUAGUUCUUAGUCUUCACUCACUUGUUCUACUCGUAAUGGCUGUUGUUUGCAACCCCCCUUUUCCCAAUUAACCUUUUAAAAUGCAGUAGUCUUAUAUUCCACAGAUUUUUCAUUUAUGCUACUUGGUGUGAAAGCAAUCAGUUCAAAGGACCUUAAAUUUUCUCCUUAAAAAAAAUAAUUUCUGUUUGAAAAUAUUCAGGGAAAAUAUUAGACUUCUACAUUGUCUAACAUGGCUUUGUGAGUACCUUGUCACUUGGUUUUCACAUUGCUGUAUGCUUCUUUUUUCCCAUGCUGCUGUAUAUGUAGUGUCAUCAAUAAAAUUUAUCCUUUAAAUUAGUGCUGAAUACCAAUAUACCCCAUUCUGUCCAACUUCCAUUUAUUCAUAGUCAUAAGGUGCAUAGUAUUCUUUCAAAGAACAGUUAUUUUCAGUUGUCCUAUCUUCGGUUCAUCAUUGCUCCUUUCUAUUAUCCUUGCAAGUUGAUCAUAUACUGUGAAUCAAAGGUGUUCAUGUCAGCUAUCCAAUGCCAUUGACCUGGUAAUAGUCUGCUUUUGUAGUUUACAUCUUUGUCAAUAUGAAAAUGUUGCAUGCAACUAAAGAUAAAUAAAGUUUGAGAAAUAUUUGACAGUAUCUGGAAGAGCAUUUCUUUGAAAUUUGUUGAAGUCUGUCACUGUUCUCCACAAAAUGUUCUGUUUCAGUGUAUUGUGACAUCUGGCCUUUAGGUUGAUACAGACCCUUGUAUCAUUACUAUCUGUGAUACACGGAUCAAGAAAGUCAGUUUUCAGUUUUUUUACGAGGCACUACUUCCAGAUAUUUUAUCACAAAAUGUUAACUUCCUGAAGAAUAUUUUCAUUUUUGUGCUUUCUCCUUUUGAAAGUUUUGUGUGUUGUGCUUGGAUCAUUCUCUAAUUGUUUUUCUUGUCUUUCAUUGGCAUGAAGUUAUUCAAAAUGUUUUAAAUGUCAGCCUAGUUCAGCCACAUGCUACUGUGCUACUGCCCGUGAUGUCACUGGUGCAUAAUCCAUUGCCAUGGAAGGCACUAUUUUCAUUGUAUAUCAACAGUGCCCUCUUUAAACAUGUGAAGGUUGAGUCCUAAGCUGUUUUUAGCUGCAGGCUGGAGACUAUGAAUUUGUUCAUUCAUUUGUUUUAGUUUUCUUAACUUGCCGUCAAGUGUGUCUGAACUUUGUAGGGUGCACAUCCUUUGUUAUAGAAGUCUUCACUGCAGCUGCAUUUCCAUAUUUAACAACAAUAUUACUGUGUCAUUCAGGUGUCACCCACAAAACCUUAUCAGUAUUAUCAGUUCACUAGAGGUCUAUAUUUACAUGAUUAGCCACCCUUUGUUGUUCCCAUCUAGUUAUUAGCAAAUAUUUCAUAAGACACUGUGUGUGUGUGUGUGUGUGUGUGUGUGUGCGCGUGUGGGUGCGUGCGUGCGUGCGUGCGUGCGUGCGUGCUUGCGUGUUUUAGAGAGAGAGAGAGAGAGAGAGAGAGAGAGAGAGCGAGAGAGAUAUUCUACCGCCAUUUUAUUACAGUUGAAAUUCAAAAUGCAUGUACAGUGUUCUUGUUUAAACAAUCUAGAAAAGUCAUUGAUGUACUUCUGAAGUAUCAAAUUUGUCUUCCCAUGUACUUGAAUUCUAUUGAAUAAAAGGGAUGUUUCUUAGGUUAGUUUAAAUUUAAAACUCUUGCUUGGAUGAAAUUUUACAAUAUGGAAUGAAUACUUACAGAAGAGAAGAAAUAAGACUACUGUGUGUCUGUGAAACAGAACUUGAUCUUCAGUCAGUGCCAUUUGCAGAGUAUCAAGUCAGGUAUAAACGCAAUAAAGUUCAGUCUCAGUGGUUUUUCAAAACGUCAAAGAUCCACACUUGUGUUCAGUGUUGCAGAGCCUUACAUUUUUGUAACCUCAUAUAGCAUUGUUCCCAGAAAAGUACAAAUGUUAAAAAUAUGCUGUAGUAUCAUUACAUGUUCUUUAGUAUUACUCAUAACCUAUUUUUAAAGCAAAUAGUUGUCCCAUACUUCUUGGAUAUUUUUAUAUUGUAUAUUUGGGACUUUGCUAAACUCUUCCUUAGAGCAAUGGAAUUUUGCAUUUGAAGCAGGUGCAUGUCAUUCCAUUAUGACUCAAUAGUUGUAUAAGCAUUGUCAUGUAGUAAUGGUGACAGAAUGUAUGUAUUUAUUGCAGAAGACACAGAAUCAAGUUAUUAGUUAUUUUCUCCUUACAGUAGUUCUGUCUUCUAAACAGUGAUGAUAUACUGUAUGUGGUUUUUCAUUGUUAAACACUAUGUUUUGUAUUUAAAAAUUCUGUGCUUCUCACCUGUGUUAACUAUUGGUCAGACUGAAUAGAUUUGUUCCAUUAGCAGACUUUUGAUUUAGGUAAGAUAUUAACAUGAUCAGUGCAUUCUUGUGGCCCUGUGAAACUGUCACUGCUAGAAUAUCCAAAAUCAACAAAUUUAAAAAUAUAUAAGUGCAAUUCAUACAUUUAGUUGGGUGAGUUCUGCAUUAUUUUAUCGAUUUUAAAAGCAGUUUCCAACUGAAUGACUUAAUGCACUGAAAACUGAUUCAUAACCAUGUCAAAACUGUAGGUUAUAUUUGUUUUUGUUCCAAACUGUGUUUUACAUCAGUUAAUGUUCUUAUAGUAAUGCCUCAGAGUGUCUACCUGUCAAAACACACAUGAAUAUCAUGGGAGCAGUGACAGGGAUGAAUGAUCAGAAGCCGAAAGAAAAGUUAAUGAGCUUUUGUAAAGAAGUGGAAUAUAAAUAAAUUUGUAUCAUGUAACAGUUAAAUACAUUCAGGUAGAACACGUGGAAAACAUGAAACGAAUAGCAUUUAGUCAAUUCAAAAUGUAUUUGGUCAUUAUUUUAUGUUUAUAACAAAUUAGUACAGAAAACCAUGAUGACAGAGAAAUGGAAACCAGGAAACUCAGAAACCUUUGAAAUUUGUUUGAAAAUUGUACUAACAAUUUUAUGGAAAUAGUGGCAGUAUAACAAGAGUCUAGUAAGAUGAAGAAUGAUUCAUGUAAUAUGCAUCAUGGAAGCUGCACUUCAAGGAGAAGUAGGGGUGUAAUCAUCGUGGAAAUAAUGCUCGGAACAAAGAGUAAUUUUGCAGAUACAUAAUGGGAGUUGAAGAUGUAAUACUUUUAAAAUCUGGCACUGCAAUGGAAAAGCACAUAACUAGUAAAACAAUCAGUGAUAAUGAUGUAGGAAGUUUCUUAUGUGAGUAUUUCUGCUGUAUACUCCGAAAACUAAAUGCUAAAAUGAGCUUCAGUAUUAAACCUUAUAUUGCUGUAGCAAGACCAAAUAGUAAAUUUUACUUAUUGGAGCAGAUGCACAGAUUAUAUUAUUGAUGCAAAAAGUGCUUUAGUAGUAGUCAUUUGUUCAUGUGUAAAUAUUGUUUCAGCUCAAUUUUAAAUGAAACUUCCUGGCAGAUUAAAACUGUGUGCCGGACCGAGACUUGAACUCGGGACCCGAGUUCGAGUCUCGGCUUGGCACACAGUUUUAAUCUGCCAGGAAGUUCCAUAUCAGCGUACACUCCGCUGUAGAGUGAAAAUCUCAUUCUCAAUUUUAAAUCAUGGAAUUACAGUACAUGUACAUUAUCUUCAGAGUAUGGCCACAUAUUAGACUAACAUUGGAGAAGUUUGAAAAUUAAUGUUUGAUACUUGGUUCAUAUUUUAUUCCAUUGAUUUGUUUUAUACUUUAUAUGUGAAUCAUUAACAAGUUCUCUGCACGGUUAGUGAGAAGAUCAAUAGAGAAUGAGAUAGUGUGACUGGAUAGCAUGUAUGAUGUUAUUACUUAUUGCAUGCAUUUAUAUUGAGUAGAUGUGCUGGAUUUUCAAUAGAGCAUAACCACAUGAAUGGGCCCAAGGCCAACACUGCAGCAACCUGUGUGCAUAUUGGUAAUUCUUCCCUGGCAUGUGGACAAUAAUCAGUGUGAACUGUUGGGAUUCUCAGUUUUAUUUUGUAGAAUGAAUUAUACAGCCAUAGGUACAACAAUUAAACACAGAAAUGUACAAGCACAGUGAUUUUAAAAAUGUUAAUCUCUAAGAAAUAUCCUUCUUUUAGGUAAGAUACUUUAAAAUGGUAACUUUUUUUUGCAGUGGAAGUAUUAACUCUUUUAUUUAAGCUUUUGAGUACAUUUAGUUAGAAAGUAAUGUUAGAUGAUUCUAAAGUCAACUUAUAACAUUGUAGUUUGCUUGAGAAUGAUCCUAUUUUAUAAUGCUUAGGUUGAUGUAGAUAGCAUGACAUACUCAUUUACAGUACUUUCAUCUUUGCUACCUUGAUCCAAAUUUCUACAAAAAAACUGAUAUUUUCUAACUUCUCAUCCUUCAAUUUUUGAUAAUACCAGAGUAUGUAAUCGGUAACAGUAAUGCAACAGAAACAAAAGACCAUUACGCACUUAACUCUAAGCUGUUUUUGCUACAAAACAUUUAGUUUCAUGGAAUUUGUGGACCUAUUUCCUGCAACCAUUUGAGUUCUGACUAUGUUUUUCUAUAGAGAGAACUUUGAUGAUGCUAUAUGACCUUUGUAACAUACUUGGGAACUGUAAAAUAUGAAUAAGCUGAUUGAGCCACUGACAUGUUGUACUGCAUAUUCUUGUUGUGAAAAAUGUCACUGUACUUUGCAUGAGAAUACAAACAAAUAUGAGAAUAUUAACUCAAAGCAAGAAAAUAUGAACAUCAAACUACAGAUGACUGUGGUACAAAGUUGAACGUGGCUCUCUUGUGUAACCAUUAAUUUAAAAUUCAUAAUUUAUGGCUGCUGUUUCUAAGAAAAACCUUAUUUAUGUUAAUACACAGUUACUUUGGAUGAUGACAGCUAGUAAGAGACAAACAAUAACAGCUGUAUGCACAGUAUAAGUUGGCACGUUUGCAAGGGAUGCUGGGAGUUUAAGCAUGUGAUUGCCACCUAGCACAGGGGUGUUGCAGGAUAUGAGAGAUUGGGGGUGGUGGGAGAGGGUGAGUGGGGAGCACAGAAGGCCCUGCUUCCUUCUUGUGGAACAAUGUACACACUGGAAUAAUCAUUGCAUUCACAAUGCCUGUUACAGUGUUGUAUUUUUGUGGUACAGUGCAUUGUUUACUAUCCAAGGUUAGUAACACUCUGUAGUGGCUAACAGUCAUCUGACUUCCAAAGAUUUGUUCCCUGCCAGAAAAGUGUCAGGCUAUAUUGUGUGUAUAGUAAACAGGUAAAAAUGCUUAAGCUUUCGGUAUGUUAUCAGGAUUUUGUUGUUGCAUCACUGAUUGAGUUAUCUUGUGUACAAAUUGCAUUGCCUCUCACAAACUCCAACACAUUUGUGAAUUCUGGAUUCUCUUGAGGAUAUGUAUGAAGCAAAUAUUUCAGUUCAUGACUUUGUAACAGCUUAAUACUGAGAUGUUUCAAAAAUAUGCAGUUUGUCCUCCAUUCUUACUUGUUAUACUUUUGUUUAUUAUUAUUGGUCUAUAAUCAGACUUUUUACUGUGUAAUAUGUUGACAGUGCAGAACAUUGAGCAUGUAGAAAUUGAAGUGUAUCCAAAAGGAACAUAUAAGUUUUAUGAUUAGCUGAUACAGUGGCAUGUUCUGCUGAGUGUUUCAUGUUGGAAGAAAGAUGGAGCUUGCUAUCAAAUUACAGGAAACAAUGUUUAUGUGCACAUGUCCAGUUAAUUAUCUAACGUAAGCCAGAGAAAUUCCAGUAUAAUCAGAUAUUCUCACAUUAUUCACAUUGUUGAAGAAGACACUGGGCUUCUUUAGCAGGAAACUUAAUAAUGUUUAUGUAAGAAAAAUCUUAUUCAUACAUAUGGCUUUUGAAGUGGAAUAGAGAUCUCAGUUUUUCAGUGUUAAUAUGUGGACAUUCAAAGUGGAAGCACUGUAAUGAUGUAAAAUAAGUGACUGCUUUAUAACAGUGAGCUUUCAUUUAGCUUAUGAUGCUAGAGAAUAACUCUGUGUUAUAGGUAGUCUGAUACCUAACUUAUUUUUUGUGUAGUCUUUUACAAUACCUUAUUUUUUGUGUAAUCUUUUAUAGAGAUAUUUAUAAAUGUAAUUUCUAAGAAUUAAUUUUUAGUGGUGAUUAUUUAUCUCAACAUUAGCCCCUUUUACAGGCUAAGCAAGCACUUGUCACUGAAAGUGUUCAUUCAGUGUUUUUCUUAUGUGUACUUUGUAGCAUUGUCAAUAUUGAUGGUUAUUUUAUAUAGUACUGCUGAAGCAUGAUACUUCACAUUGUUUGAUAUAUGUAACUAUAAAUGCCUGUAGAAUUCAUAAUAAGCUCCACUGUUAUGUGCUAAUAUGCACAUUUGUGCUACAGUACAAUGUUGAAAUAAGGUCCAUAGAUAAUAGAAGAGACUGUAAUUUUGGGACAAUCACUUCAUAAUCCAUAGCGAGAAACAUUUUUGAUUGAAUUGUUCUCAGGUACUGCUUAUAUUCCAAAGUAAAAUUUGAAGAAAUGCAAUGAAGUUUUUCAGCUUACCAGAGAUUCAUGGCACUUAUAUUGUCCAUACCAAACAAGAGUUUCAACAUGACAAACAAAACUGUCAGUUUCUUUUAGUAUAAAAUAAUACUAACAACAUGCUUACAAGUUUUUGUUAUGGUAGUCUAAAGCUGCUUCUAUCUUUUAGCCCUUUGAUUAGAUGCACUAAUUGCCCUCAAAAUUCAUGAUUCAGUAUUCUUGCUAAUCAAUUUUAUUUAUUGCCUCAUCUUUUCCAUGAGUAGACAGUCUUGUUUUGUGCAUCAAAUUCUUUGUUGAUUAAUGGAAAGUCCAGUCUGCAAUAUCAACAGCUUUGAAAAGGGUAGACAGCUACUCACCAUAAAAAUGACAGAUUGAGUUGCAGACAGGCACAAUGAAAAGACUGUUCCACACUGAACUUUAGGCCAAAGCCUUCUUCACAAAUGAAAGGAAAACAUACAUUCACACAAGCAGGCACAUCUCACCGACACAAGACCAGUAUCUCUCACCACCAGAGUGGCCAGAGAUAGUGGUCAUGUGUGCUUGAAGUGUCCCUACUUGUGUGUGUGUGUGUGUGUGUGUGUGUGUGUGUGUGUGUGUGUGUGUGUCAUCUUUACAGUGGGCAUAAAUUCUAAAUUGAUUUGAUUUGAUUAUUGUCACAUAUUUUCAUUACUUUUUUAAUGAAAUCCACCUUUGGUAAUCCGCUUUUCUGGUUUUGAGUUAAAUUUUGAAACAACUUCUUAUGUAUGGAACGUGUCUGCUUUGUAAUAAGAUAAUUUCUAUUCAUUUGUUUUUAUUUCUGCUUAAUUUUUCCUUGCUGUUGUGCAUGACUUCAUAGUCCAAGAUUGCUUUUCCCCCUCCCUCACUUGUUCCUGAGUCAUGUAGAAGCUGUCAUAUAGCUAGGAUACAAAAAUAAAAUUACAGUUUUUUCUGACUCAUACUUUUUGCGAUUAAUCUGUAGGGUAAACUUUCAAAGCAAGUUCAAAUUUAUGUAAGAAAAGCCAUUACAUGCUUAUUGAUCAGUUUAAAGUUAACGAUGGGUAUGAUUGCACUGCUAUAUCUUGCUUUAUCAUUUGUCAUGAUAUUAAAGUUUCAUGAUAGACAUUGUUGAUGAUAAAUUUCCUGUAUAAUAGUAAUAGUACACAAAGAAAGUAGUAGUUUUAGACAAAGGAAGGAAAAAUAUUAGAAAUGAUAACUUUCUUUCCGCGCAUCAUAAUGGAUGGCAAUGUUUUUUCCCUUUUACUGUUCCUUCUCUGGAUUUCAGAAACCUAAGUUGAGUUUUAGUACAAGGAAUAAAGCUGCUAAUAUCUCUUGAAAUGACAAUCUGUGUUCUCAUGGGUGGCAAAGAGGCUUUCUUGGAAGCAAGAGUUGGUUUUCUGGUAUGACAAAGGGUUAAUCCUGGACUGUUAUCAGAAGUACUUGUAGCACAAUUGUUUCCUCAAGUGUAAUGCUGAAGACAGAUGUAGUAGGGUUAACAAUUUUAUAAUCAGCUUUUUCAGCCACAUAACAUAGAAUUUAAACAUAGUAAUAAAUAAAUUAGUAGAGAAACCUACACCCCUCAGAAAAUAGAACCAGUUGUGAGCAGCAUGUAGGUUCAAAUGGAAAGGGGGGAAGGAGAGGAGUGAUGAUUUGCUAAGCUUUCAGUACAAAUUGCUCCUUCAGAGCUCCCUCCCCACGCAGAGUUAUGCGACUCUCUCUCUCUCUGCUUGUGGGCAUGGGUGGGGGAGAUUCCUUUUCAUUUUUAAGUUGAUGGUAUUCCUUAUUAUUCAAGGUGGAUUUGAUGGGAUCACCAAGAUUCAUAAUUCCGAAAUGCUUUUUGCAUUAUCCUCAAAUAAGAUUAGAUGUUUCCUGAACUGCAUUGAUUCUGGCAAAAUUUCCCCACACCCUUGAGCAUGCUUCAAGAACCCAAGCUAAGAUGUGUUAAAUUUAUUAACCAUAGGUGACAGGGAAAGAAUGUCUUCUUACCAUCAGUGAAAUGAGAAACAAAUGGGGCAGGAAUGUCACACAAAUUUAAAGAACUUGAACUUUUUAAUUUUCUAAAAAUGUUAUUAAUGUGGGACCAGGAAAGUAUAAAGGAUUUCUAAAGAGACUUCCCCUCGCCCCCCCCCCCCCCCACCCCCCCCCCCACCCCCCACCCCCCACCCAACCCUACCCUACACGUGCCCCCAUGCUGUUCUGUUUUACUGUUAUCCUUCUUUGUCCCGAUUAAGAUAUUGGAGAAAAUCUUCAUAGCUUGAGCUUGUGCAAGGUUUUUAAGUUUUCAUUUUUGUGAACGUGACCCUACCUGGCAUCUAGUUAGUAGAUCCUCUUCUUGUAUAAAAAGUAACAUUCUUUCUUUUUAAAUUUAUUAACAAUUCUCAGUCAUAGAGUGACACUGGAUACUCUCUAAAAUACAGCAUAUUUAACAAACAGAAACGGUUUCCAUUAAAAGAGAUGCGUCCGUUACGUUGAGACCCCCCCCCCCCCCUCCUUUCCCUCCCAUCGUUGUAAAAUUUGAUUUGAUGUAUUUCUGUUUCAAAAAUGUCCCCUUUAGUCGUAGAGAUGUUAUUGAAAAAGUACCUGCUAUGGUACUAUUUAAGUGGCCAGGUUCUAGAUCUGCCAGAAAACUGUCUUGACUUCUGGGAAUUCUGUGUAAGUGUGGAACUUGGUUUUCAAGCAUAAUUGAGAUUGAAAUUUUAUGUGAAGGAAUGGUGGUUUUCUGUGUAAUGUACACUAGGCUGUCAGUUCCCUCUAACAAGUUUUGGAUAUAUUCAUUUGGAUUAAAGCUCUUACAUUAAAUAGUGGAGAAUAUUAUGAGGAAACAUUCUUCAGUGAAUACAGUUACAGCCUAAACAUGCAAAAAUGAAUGUAUCAUAGCAAUUUUAGUGUUACACUAAGUGAUAACUACCCUAUUAACUGCUUGAGCCAAAGGCAUGUUUAUGAAGUACACAUAAGCAUGCAGCGAGAACAAAAUAUCUGGUUAAUCGAAAGGUGUAUGAAAUUUAAAAACAAAAACAGUUUAUUCAUAUUACAGGUAUGUUAUUUUCCUUAGUUUUUUGGGUAAUUACUGCACCUGGAGAACGAUCGUGAUGUAUUGGCUUUAUUACUUUUUGCUGACAUUUUGUUUCUAGUAACUGUGAAAAACUGGCAGUUUGGAGUAGUAAAACAUUUUCAAGCACAACAAUGUAGAAUUUUAACAAAAGAUUUUGCCAUAUUUCUUUUAUGAAAUGAGAGCAAGAGAAAUAAUGAAAGGAAAUAAAGUGAAGCAGUCUGGGCUGGAAACCUGAAACCAUUCUACUGAUAACAUCUUGUUUGUGUAAAUUGGUCAGUGUACAAUGUUUAGGUGCCUCUUUGGUCUGAGAAUUAGAAAUAAUGUAGUAUUAAGUGAAAGCAAAUGUAUACCUUACUUCAUUAUAAAUUUAGUAUUUUAUACAUUUAGUGCUGACUGUAGAAUUUUGUAAAACAUGGCUGAUAUUUAAUGGAGAAACAUGAUUGCAAAAGUCGGCAAAUGAAAUACUCAUUUACAAAUAUUCUAGGUUUAAAUAAUGAUAUUACUUUGUAUGUUAUUAUUAGAAUUUGUCAGCCUCAAAAUACUCUGUUUAUUGAUUUUUCAGUAUUAAGACUGUUUUAAAAUUGGUAAUAACUUGUACGAAUACUGGCCUCUAUUUCAAAGAUGUAAUAAAAGAUGUAAGACUGAAA